AAGGGGCAGGUGGGUUUCAAAAAAGGCGCUCGUUGACUACGCGCUGAUGCUGCCGACGUCGCAGCGCGCGGCGCACUCGCUCGUGUUUACAGUGCGCCGACGUGCAUCGCCAUCCGACCAUGCUUUUGCAUUUCAACUCGUCUGCAGCCCAUCGAUUCCGCCCCCAGAUGAGCGAUUAACAGCGAAACAAGACGGAGAGGAAGAGGAGGAGGAGGAGCGAGCGGCAGUUUGGGAACAAACUGGAUCUUUUGCUCCAUCGCCUCUUUGAGGAGGCUGGCUGCGGCCUGUGGGUUGUCGGCGGAAGCCUCGGGCUGGAUUGGAAAUGUCGCAGCGGCGACGUGCUAGCUGUGAGACUGGGAGGUGAUGGCGGUCCAGACUGAGCUUCACCAAUACGACCAUCUGUCCCUGAUGAUGCGCGGCCUCCUGGCGCACGCCUGAACCUUCAACCUUUGUUGUCCCUCCAUCCCCUCCUCUUCCUCUCCUUGCCUCCUCCUUCCCCCAUAACUGCACCCAUCUCUCCGUGUGUACGAUCAGCAUACUUGAUUAUGGCAUGCUGCGGCCACUCUCUGGGCUCUCCGUGCACGCUGGCCUUGCUGGUGGGCUUCCAAUUUGCCUUUGUGCUCUACUUCUCCCUGGGGGGCUUCAGAGGCUUGGUGUCCGUCCUGGUGCACACCACAGAGCAAGAGUUUGACUACUCGCGACCCCACGACGUCUACACCAACCUCAGUCAUCUGAGAGCACCGCCUCCCCCACCUCGGAACGCUGGCACUGGCGCUCCCACGACAGGACCACCACUGGCAACCUGCCAGAUUGUGUCUCCUCUGUUGGUUGGGCCCGUAUCUGUCCAUCUUUCCUCACCUCUGACUUUGGAGGAAAUCAGAACGAAAAACCCCUUGGUGUUGCCCGGUGGACGCUACCGUCCACCGGACUGUGAGCCUCGGCACCACACUGCCAUCGUGGUACCGUACCGGAACCGACAGACACACCUUCUUGCUCUCCUCUACCACCUUCAUCCUUUCCUGCAAAGGCAACAGAUCCACUACAGCAUCUACAUCGUGCAACAGUGGGGGAACGGUACCUUCAACCGAGCCAAGCUGCUGAAUGUUGGCGUGCGGGAAGCUCUCCGAGAUGAAGACUGGAACUGCAUCUUCCUCCAUGAUGUUGAUCUGCUGCCCGAGAACGACCACAAUACCUACACUUGCCACAAACAGUUUCCCACACACCUGUCCGUGGCCAUGGACAAGUUCAAAUACAGGCUACCAUACCCACAGUAUUUUGGUGGGGUUUCUGCUGUGACUCCGGACCAGUACAUGAAGAUGAACGGCUUCCCCAACCAGUAUUGGGGCUGGGGGGGAGAGGAUGAUGACAUCGCAGCAAGAGUGCGUCUGUCUGGCAUGAAAAUUGUGCGCCCCCCAGUGGCCGUCGGUCAUUACAAAAUGAUCAAGCAUAGAGGAGACCGAGGGAAUGAGCAAAACCCACACAGAUUUGACCUCCUGAAAAGGACCAGACUCAACUGGCGCUCUGACGGCCUCAACUCUCUGACGUACGAGCUCCUCUCCAAAGAACAGGAACCUCUCUACACUAACCUCACUGUCAACAUCGGAGAAGAGCUCCAUCACCCUCAGGGGAAAACGGCGACCGCUCUGCAUCCACGUAGCGCCUCCAAGACCGGAGCCCUGGAUCAUCAGGAAACCAAGUUGUCAGAGAGCAAAGCAGCUGUUUUAGUAAAUGUCACUGUGACAAGACCUGAUGGCAUGAAGACAGAAGCUCCUCAGACAAAGGCAGCUAAUAAGAUGACACAGGCGAAAACAAAUGUGAAUGCUUCUCAUCUGUAGCACCAAAUGGCUUUUUUUCACUUUUUUUUUGUGGGAAUGCUUGCAGGACUUGAUGGGUGAGCCUGGGCUUUCUAGAACUAGACUGGGCCGAAUAAGUCAAAUCUCCCGCAAGUGAAUAACCCAGCUGCUAACCCGCAACUUCAUCUGGUGUGCUGUGAAAAAAAAAACAAAAAAAAAAAACGCGUGCCUUCUCUUUUAAAGCGCUUUUCUAAACUCGUACCGAGCAGAGAUUCAUCUGAUCUCUCUUGCCUUGUGGCAAACGUUCGAAAGCAAGGGAGGGUGCGAUUUCAAAGACUACAUGUUUGAUCCAGGGUUGCUGUUUUCUAUAAGUGUGCAUCAAGGUCACUAUAGAUUAUAUUUAUAUAGAGAAAUCUCUUUAUUUGUUUACCAGUUUAUAUUUUUUGUUGGGUGCCUCUCUCUUUGAGUUUUAGUUUCUAGACAAUCAAACCACAUAGGGGAACAGAUCGUUUAUUCUAUGACUCAGCAUAUAUUAGAUAUCAUGGCUGUCAGAUAAUCAUACACUGGGCAUGAUGCUGUAUUUGUUCGUGAUAGUACUGGAGGAAUGCUUCUUGAUAUUGUGGUGUUGUUCUCUUUACCACGUAAAAAAAAAAAAAAAAAGUAACCUUGCAGAUAUUAUAAGCGCAUCAUUCACGAUGUAGUGUCUAUAGUGUCCGAAUGUGGUUCCGUAUCAAAAGUGGCUACAUUGACACUUAAACACUGUGUAUUUACUCAGAUUGAAAGCAUCUUCAUCGAGGUUAUCUAUGUACAUGUCAGAUAACCAGCAGCAUGAAAUUGUGUCGAUGAGUUUGCAAAUCCAGUUGUUUUCAUUCAUUCAAACGGACGAAAGGGGAUUUGGAACAGAUAUUGAGAACAUUUAUAAGGAAGAUUUUACUGUAUUCGGAGUAUGGAUAUUUAUUUUUUAACUCAGCCAUUUUGAAUGUAACUUCGAAGUUUGACAGGAGGAGAAGGGUACUUUGUGUGUGUGUGCGCGCGGACGCGUGAGAGAGAGAGGGCGGGGCGUGCCGGUUGCAUAGUUUGCUGCUUUGCAUAAUGGUGAUUUGUUGAAAGACAUUAUUUCAAAUAUGAUGCUUUUAUUCAUGGUCUGCAAUUAUCGCAGUAGAGAUACCAAUUUGAAUGUAUCGAAUGAUUGUUUAUCAGUCGCUCGUGAGCUAAAUGGUUAGUUUAAUUGUAGACUAUGUCUGUCUCUCAUUGUGCCUAAACUCGCAUUAUCCGAGGCGUGCCGAUGGCUUUUUAAUCAGAGCUCAAGUGGCGCGGUGCCGAGUGGAGCCGAGGAUUGAAUGAAAGUGCGCCGUGUGUGACAUGAAUGUCAAGCAUAAAUGUUCACCAUUCACGGGAUUCAGCCAAUCAAAUAUGUGCGUUGCUCUGCGUGGAGGUUUUCCUCAAUUGCAUAACUUGAGAGAGCCUCUCAGUUUAAAGCUAUACACCUUCAUUCACAAUUCUGUCUGACUAAAAAAAAAAAAAAAAAAAAAAACAAGAGACAUCAGAGAAGUAUUCAUGAACGUAGUUUGAUAAAAGGAAUAUGUUUAUUGAGAAGUAUCCUUUUUAGAAACAGAGGUCGUUUACAUUACUUGACUUGUCUUGAAUAUUUACGUCCGUAUGUGAAACAUUUGUCAUUUGGUCAGCCUUGAGCAACAUAAUAACCAUUUAGUCGUUCAAAAAUGCAUUAUUAUACUAUGCUAUGUAAUAUCAACCGUGCUAUUCGCAAAUUUUGUGUUUACUUUGGGAUUGUCCUCAAAUUUUAUUAAGCGUGAAGUUUAUAUCAUGUAGCUCACCGGCUCUAAUAUUAAAGCGUGCACUGUCAAAUAAAAUGUAUCGAUGGACAUUGUAAUUGAGGCUUUGGUUUGACAUUACAUUUAUUUUGGUGGUUAGUUUGCAUAGAGUGCAACUGCACUGCAUAAUUCGGAGGACUCUCCAUUUGUUCAGCUGCCUGUACAAAAUAUCAGAAAUAGUGAGUUCUGCUUUGCUGCAGAUUAUGUGUAGUACAUACAUCCAUAACAACACUGGUAAACAGCAAUUUUUGAUCAGAGAUGGCGUUAUGUGUCCAUAAAUGUAUUGCACGUGCUGAUUUCGAACUUGUCUUUCCUUUUUUUUUUCUAACACACCAAGUUUGACUGAGAAAAGUUUAUGCAAUAUACAACUAAACAUCCAUUGUAAUUUACAUCUAUAUGACAGAAAAAAAAAUCCCGCCUGUUGCUGGACCUAACCCUUAAUUCGUAAAUAUCACUAUAUUACAUACCAUUAUUUUAUUGUUAUUGUUCAUAUGAAAGGCUUCUGUGCUAGAAAAAAAAAUUAGGGCAGUUUUGGAAUCAGCCCCAAAAAAUCAUCUCGAAAAGUUUACGAGCAUCUCUGAUCAAAAGAUGUACUAAAAAAAAUGUCUGACAGUGAUGUGACAGUCUCACCACGGCAUUUGUAAAAGCAGAUUCUUUUGUACAACUGUACAACUUAGUGACACUGCCGAUUGGAGCAAAUAAAGACUAAUUCUGUUCUGAA